CCCCUCUCCAGGAGUGCUAAUAAGAAGAACAAGCUGAUCCUCAACAUGCAGGUCAACGGUAACGGGUGUGAUGAGCCCCCCCAGCGGCACCAAGCGGGGACCCCCGCCCGCACCCCCGGGUCCAGCACCCCCACCCCCGCCCGCACCCCCGGCUCCGGCGCCCCCACCCCCGCGAGGACCCCCGGGUCUGGGACCGGGACCCCGGUGGCGGCCUACACCCUGCCCGGGACGCCCACCCUCAUGGAGGAACACGGCUCCAUGAACAAUAACUCCGGACACCGUGGAUCCCCACAAACCGUGAGGAGAGACAUCGGCCUCGCAGUCACACACAGGUUCUCCACCAAGUCCUGGCUGUCCCAGACGUGUCAGGUGUGUCAGAAGAACAUGAUGUUUGGGGUCAAGUGUAAGCACUGUCGGUUAAAGUGUCACAACAAGUGCACAAAGGAGGCUCCCUCGUGUCGGAUCACCUUCCUGCCCAUCGCCAAGAUCCGCAGAACCGAGUCGGUGCCGUCCGACAUCAACAACCCGGUGGACCGGCCCGCCGAAGCGCCCCAGUUCGGGACGCUGCCCAAGGCCUUGACCAAGAAGGACCACCCCCCUGCGCUGAACCAGCUGGACUCGAGCAGCAACCCCUCCUCCACCACCUCCUCCACCCCCUCCUCCCCUGCCCCCUUCCAGCAGAGCAACCCCCCCAGCGCCACGCCCCCGCCCAACCCCUCCCCGAAGGGCCCUCGCGACGGACGCUUCCACUUCCCAGCUGCCUGCUACUUCCAGCACAGACAGCAGUUUAUCUUCCCUGAUGUGUCCAGUCCAGUCAGUUUGCACUCCGAGCUCGCUGCCGACGCUGUCGAGGCGGAGACGGGCGCGGAUGACGUCCAUAACCAGCUGGUGGAGGACGACGACGAGGAGGAAGCAGAGGAGGACGCCCGGUUAGGAGAGCACGCUGUAGACCACCAGCAGCACCCCGACGAACGGGACGAGGACGAAGAGGAGGAGGAGGAGGAGGAGGAGGAGGAGGAGGACCGGCGUGGUCACCACGGCGACCACGAGGACGACGAGGAGGGGGAGGAGUACGGGGAGGACGGGCGCCACAACGGGGUGUCGGACGGCGAGUGCGAGGGCGACGAGCUGGACGACCUGCCCAACUCCUGCAGGAACCCGUGGCGGGGGCCCAUCUCCCGCAAGGCCAGCCAGACCAGCGUGUACCUGCAGGAGUGGGACAUCCCCUACGAGCAGCUGGACCUGGGGGAGCUCAUCGGGAAGGGCCGCUGGGGGAAGGUCCACAAGGGGCGCUGGCACGGCGAGGUGGCCAUCCGCCUGCUGGAGAUGGACGGGAACAACCAGGACCACCUGAAGCUCUUCAAGAAGGAGGUGAUGAACUACCGGCAGACGCGCCACGAGAACGUGGUGCUCUUCAUGGGCGCCUGCAUGGCCCCGCCCCACCUGGCCAUCAUCACCAGCUUCUGCAAAGGCAGGACGUUGUACUCUGUGGUGCGGGACUCCAAGAACCCCCUGGACAUCAACAAGACCCGGCAGAUCGCCCAGGAGAUCGUCAAGGGAAUGGGCUACCUCCACGCCAAAGGCAUCGUCCACAAAGACCUCAAGUCCAAGAACGUGUUCCACGACAUCAACAAGGUGGUGAUCACGGACUUCGGCCUGUUCGGGAUCUCUGGAGUGGUCCAGGAGGGAAGGCGUGAGAACAAGCUGAAGCUGCCGCACGGCUGGAUCUGCUACCUGGCGCCCGAGAUCGUGCGGCGGAUGAGCCCCGGAAACAACGAGGACCGCCUGCCCUUCUCCGCCGCCGCCGACGUCUACGCCUUCGGCACCAUUUGGUACGAGCUGCAGGCCCGGGACUGGCCAAUCACCAACCAGCCGGUGGAGGCCAUCAUCUGGCAGGUUGGCAGCGGGCAGGGCAUCAAGAAGGUUCUGGCGGAGGUCAGCCUGGGCAAGGAGGUCACGGAGAUCCUGUCGGCCUGCUGGGCGUACGACCCGAGGGAGAGGCCCACCUUCACCCAGCUGGCCGAGAUGCUGGAGAAACUCCCUAAGCUCAACCGCAGGCUCUCACACCCCGGACACUUCUGGAAGUCUGCAGAGUUGUAGCAGCAGCCGGGCAGCAGGCCGCUGUCUGGCCGUCUGGCCGUCUGUCUUGCAUGCUCUGAGAGACGAUGACAGCGUCGCCUCUCAACCAAUCAGACUCUGCUUCCACUAAUCCACUCCUCCUCCUCUUCCUCCGUCGCCUCCUGCUCCGCCUCCUCCUGCUAACCAACGCCGCCGCCGCCGCUGCGCGGUCACUUGGCGUCGGGGGCGGGGCGAGUGGUGCAUUGUGGGUAGUCACUACCCUACUCUUAACCUUUUCGUUUAAAUAAAAAAAGAAGGAUCGCCCUUCGCCUUCUUCUUCUGCUGUCUUCGUCUGCCGUGUGGUCGGCACCGCGUGGAGGUCGCAAGGAGGUCGUGUGAAGGUCGUGGGUGGUGGUGUGAAGGUCAUGGGCGGGGGUGUUGGCGUGUGCUGAGAUUUCUGCUGUACGGACGCUCUGAAGGCCUGGUGAUGAAGAUGAUGACGUUGAUGGGCGCCUGCCUCUGCUUCCUCCUCCCAUCGCUGUUGUGCUCGGUUCCCCCAGGCUGACCCUCACUCACACACACACGGUCAACAUCACGUUGGGGACAUGAGCGUCCUUAUGGAGCUCACAGCCUCACACACACGCGGUCAACAUCACGUUGGGGACAUGAGCGUCCUUAUGGAGCUCACAGCCUCACACACACACGGUCAACAUCACGUUGGGGACAUGAGCGUCCUUAUGGAGCUCACAGCCUCACACACACGCGGUCAACAUCACGUUGGGGACAUGAGCGUCCUUAUGGAGCUCACACCCUCACACACACACGGUCAACAUCACGUUGGGGACAUGAGCGUCCUUAUGGAGCUCACAGCCUCACACACACACGGUCAACAUCACGUUGGGGACAUGAGCGUCCUUAUGGAGCUCACAGCCUCACACACACACGGUCAACAUCACGUUGGGGACAUGAGCGUCCUUAUGGAGCUCACAGCCUCACACACACACGGUCAACAUCACAUGGAGGAGGAGAUGAACGUCCUGGACACCAGGGCCCCCUCUGGGUCCUGGGGAGACCCUCAGCUUCGUGUUGGCGGAGUGUUUCCUCCUGCGGGGUCGGCCACCGAACCAGAUGUUUUACGACCGGACUUGUUCUAAACGGUGUCGGCAGCCCAGGGUUCCCGUCAUCGUCGUGGAAACCAUCGCCUGGGUUACCAACAUGUUAUUGGGAACACGUCAUCAAAUGUCCAUAAUCAAUUAGAAUGAUCAUUUGUCAACAAUCAAUAACAAUUGCUUCAUGCAAGUGUAAAGUGCACCUUAUAAUGGCGUGAAUAAUUUAUUUGAAAUAUGGGUCUGUAUUUUUUUAAGUUAUAUUCCUGUCCGCACAAAAGAAGAGUCCUGUAUCUUCCUAGAUGGUGCGUGUGCGUGUGUGUGUGUGUGUUUGUGUGUGUGUGUGUGUGCUGGUGGUGGUGAUUUCUGGCUUAUGUUGGUGUCCUGUAUUUCUCUGUUCUGUGUGUGUAUGUGUGUGUUUGUGUGUAGGCGUGCGUGCGCGUAUGCGUGUGGUGAACGUUGUGCGUCACACGUCUGUGUCAAUACAUUAUUUAAUGUACAGCAUAGCAACGCGGUUCUUUAAAAAAACUUUGUACAAACACGUUUUUGUACGUACACAUCAUGACAUUUUGAAAUAGGUACUGCUCUCCCUAUGAAAGAUGUAUAUAUUUCUAUUUUUUGCCUGUGUACAAAAUACUGUAUAAAGACUGUAAAUGUGUGUUUUUUUAUGUUGAUGUCAGAAUUCAUAUUUUUGUAUUGCAUGUGACUUCCAUUCUGUACGCGCUCCGUUCCUCCCUGGGGGGAUCAAUAAAGUGAAGCUUGUCCCGUCA